AUGACCCCCAUUCUCACAACCCUGCUCUUCUUUGGGCUGAGCCUGGGCCCCAGGACCCGGGUGCAGGCAGAGAACCUACUCAAACCCUUCCUGUGGGCCGAGCCAGGUCCCGUGAUCACCUGGAGUAAGCCUGUGACCAUCUGGUGUCAGGGCACCCUGGAGGCCCAGGAGUACCGUCUAGAUAAAGAGGGAAACUCAAUGUCGAGGCACAUAUUAAAAACACUGGAGUCCGAAAACAAGGUCAAAUUCUCCAUCCCAUCCAUGAUGUGGGAACACGCAGGGCGAUAUCACUGUUACUAUCAGAGCCCUGCAGGCUGGUCAGAGCCCAGCGACCCCCUGGAGCUGGUGGUGACAGCCUACAGCAGACCCACCCUGUCUGCCCUGCCGAGCCCUGUGGUGACCUCAGGAGUGAAUGUGACCCUCCGGUGUGCCUCACGGCUGGGACUGGGCAGGUUCACUCUGAUUGAGGAAGGAGACCACAGGCUCUCCUGGACCCUGGACUCACACCAACACAACCACGGAAAGUUCCAGGCCCUGUUCCCCAUGGGCCCCCUGACCUUCAGCAACAGGGGUACAUUCAGAUGCUACGGCUAUGAAAACAACACCCCGUACGUGUGGUCAGAACCCAGUGACCCCCUGCAGCUACUGGUGUCAGGCGUGUCUAGGAAGCCCUCCCUCCUGACCCUGCAGGGCCCUGUCGUGACCCCCGGAGAGAAUCUGACCCUCCAGUGUGGCUCUGAUGUUGGCUACAUCAGAUACGCUCUGUACAAGGAGGGGGGCGAUGACCUCCCCCAGCGCCCUGGCCAGCAGCCCCAGGCUGGGCUCUCCCAGGCCAGCUUCACCCUGAGCCCUGUGAGGGGCUCCCACGGGGGCCAGUACAGAUGUUACGGUGCACACAACCUCUCCUCCGAGUGGUCGGCCCCCAGUGACCCCCUGGACAUCCUGAUCGCAGGACAGAUCUCUGACAGACCCUCCCUCUCGGUGCAGCUGGGCCCCACAGUGACCUCAGGAGAGAAGGUGACCCUGCUGUGUCAGUCAUGGGGCCCGAUGUUCACUUUCCUGCUGACCAAGGAGGGGGCAGCUGAUGCCCCGCUGCGUCUCAGAUCCACUUACAGAGCUCAGCAGUACCAGGCUGAAUUCCCCAUGAGUCCUGUGACCUCGGCCCACGCGGGGACCUACAGGUGCUACGGCUCACGCAGCUCCAACCCCCACCUGCUGUCUCACCCCAGUGAGCCCCUGGAGCUCGUGGUCUCAGGAGCAACUGAGACCCUCAAUCCAGCACAAAAGAAGUCAGAUUCCAAGACUGCCUCACACCCACAAGAUUACACAGUGGAGAAUCUCAUCCGCAUGGGCUUGGCUGGCUUGGUCCUGGUGUUCCUUGGGAUUCUGUUAUUUGAGGCUCAUCACAGCCAGAGAAGCCCCCCAAGGUGCAGCCAGGAGGCAAACAGCAGAGAGGACAAUGCACCCUUCAGAGUGGUGGAGCCCUGGGAACAGAUCUGA